CAUACUAUACCAUUUUGCGCACAGAGGCAUUCCCCACAUACUUAGUUGGCCACGAGCCUUACAGUUGAAGCUCAGCAUCUCGGCGGGAAUCUCCAAAAUGGCGGAUCCUGAGGCCGUUGGUCGCGCGUUCCUGGACUACUUCUAUGGCCUGUUCUCCACCAACCGCGCGGGCCUGGCCAGCCUCUACCAGGAGAGCAGCCUGCUCACGUUCGAGGGCAACAAGUUCCAGGGCCAGCAGGCUAUUAUCCAGAAGCUGACCACCAUGCCUUUUUCCAACGUCGCGGUGCAGCGCGACACCAUUGACAUUCAGCCCUCGAUCUCUGGCGGUAUCCUCAUUUUCGUGACCGGCAAGCUGAUGCCUGAGGGGGAAAACAUGCCGCUGAAGUUCAGCCAGACCUUCCACCUGAUGCCCACGCCCAACAACAGCUUCGUCGUCACCAACGACAUGUUCCGCCUGAACUACGGCUAAGCACUUGGAGGUUUUACAGUUGAUGGCCUGUGCGGACGGCGGCUUUCAAGCGCACCAAGCAGGACGGUAACAGAAGCAGCAGCACCAGGCGGGCGCGGCGAUCGCUGCGGUCGGAGCAGCUAGGACCUGCAGACUGCUGAGGGCUGCACAGGACUGCGGGACUGAUUUUGCCACAGGCAGGGUCCAGGCAUGCGGGAUGUAUGUUUUGAGGACUGCAGGGGCUGCUAUGUGUGGUGUUGACAAGGGGCACGGCGAAUAUGCGGCGGCGUAGGUAACGCUUCAAUGGAGGGACCCCAAGAUGAGCUUUUACAUGAGUACCGUUUAUUCAGCGCGGAGAAGUGGAUGUGAGGCGUUGCAAAUACAAUGAGCACGCCGCGGUUAUAGCUUAUUGAGCUUCUUCUUGAGCGCGAGCAGCUCCGCAUCUAUCUCCUCCUCCCUUGACUUCUUGGGGGGCGGCGGCGGGGGAGGCCGAGGCGGCGGCGGGGGAGGCGCCUGUUGGCGCCUUUGUUGGCUUGAGCUGGGGGAGCGGGGAACGAAGGGGAAUGCGUUGGUGGGUUGCUACUGGGUUGCUACUUCUUAGGAGCACCCCUCAACCCUCUCCGUUGGGGCGAGAGCUGGGCUUCACUCUACAGAUGUAACCCAUAG